AUGGAUUUAAGAUCAAUUUUAAAUAAACAUCAGGGGCCUGCACAAUCAUCCCCAUGAAGCUCCCACAUCUCCCUUUCAACAGGAAACUCAUCUGCUGUAGCAAGACUACUUGAUUCUCUUUCAAUGAGAGCUCUUCUUUUAAUUCGGAGUUUACAUUUAGAGCUGGUAAUUGAUGCUCCCUCUAUGCCUCUUAACGAAAAUCUUCUCUUAAAUCAUAUAGACGCCUCAAUUGAAUUUGUAACAGGCAGAUCGUAUUCUGCUUUAAAGUAUGACAGAAACAUGGAAUUAGGAUUCAGCAAACAAAAGAAAAUGAAAGGUUUAUUUGAGUAAGCGAUAUAUAGAAUCCUCAAAUGAAAAAUUGACGAAGAUAUUUCUAGCGAAGAAUUUUCUUGCCUUUAUUCGCAAUGGCUGGAAACAUAUAACAUCCCAGAUAUUCUGAGUGCUCAAAGUUCGCAAGAAAUUAACGAGGUUUUCACAUUUUUUUUAAUUUUGGAAGAAGGUCAAGGGUUUCAAGUGAAGCUUAUAGAGAAAGUAAAAGCUACUCAGAUUGAAAUGAUGAUUUUUCUGGUUACUAAUGAGUACAACAAAGCAUUGCUUUCAAGAUGGUCGAUUAGUUCUGAAUGGAUUCAGCUGUCAGAGUCAUUAUUUAGGGCAUUAGAUGAGGAGGAAAAUGGCCAUAUAGAUGCUGAAUCAGUUCAAUUUCUAGUUUUAGCCCUGCUGCUCCCUGAAUCGAAAAUCGACCCAGUUUUGGCAAGAAAACAAGUUUAUCAAAUGCUCCAAGAUAUGAGCCACUGCAAUGGUCUUAUCACUCUCCGUUGCUGAAAAUCUUAUUUGCUUAGUACCCUUUUCAUAAGAAAGCAAAACUAUUGGAAAAAUCCUUAUUUUGGGUAAAGACCCAUCUUCCGUGAGGAAACGAAAAAUUUUUAUGAAAAAUUUUUGAUACAUAAGUGAUAAUUAUUAUAAUUAAUGAAAUCAUAGCUAAUUCGUUUAAUUAUAAAGAACUUGCUUUCGCAAAUAUUAAUUUUUUUAAAGUUUUUAUAUAUAUAAUUUUUUUUAAAAAAAUUAACCCCCUCUCCGUGAGCGAGCAAAAUUUGUUUGUUCGCUCACGGUGGGGAAGUCAGUAAAAAAAAUGAACUCUCCUGAUGACCUUCGACUGCUGCAGAACAGACUUCACUCUAUAGUUGAAAUAUGGAGAGAAGUAAGAAAUAAAAUUUUUACGAAAGAAAUACCUGCUUUGUCAAAAUGCACGUACUUAGCAACUAGCAAGCAAGAGCUUCCUUCAAUUUGGAAUCAAGCCAUAAUGUUAUCACUCUCAAGCUCUUUAAGAAGUAUUUUCUAAUUAGACUGGGAACGAUUAUAUAAAUUCCUGCGAUUCUCAGGCUGGCUUUUAGGAAGCACCCCAACUUUAUCAACAAAAGGCCAAUGCUUCAUCCAGGGCACUUAUAUUCAGGAUUCAUCAGAACUUUCAUUGUAUCUAAUAUCAAAUUACCUACUCCGAACCUGAUCAGCAAGCAAAAUCAUUAGAAAAAUAUAUUAUUUUUGGGAAAAUUAACCCCAUGUUGCGAGUAAAAGAUAUAUUUAAUAUAAUUAUUUUACCAUAAUGAUUAUAUAUAUUUAAAAUUUUAAAAUCAAGAUCUCCAGCUGAUUAUAAUACAUUUCAAUAGCUUGUAUCUUUUAAAAUUAAAUUUUAUAAAUUCAAUAGAUAUUUUAUUUCAAAUAUUUAUAUUUUCUAAAAUCAAUUUAUAGAUUCUAGAAAUAAAAUUUUAAAAAAAUUAACCCCUUUGCUAGAGAGUUAGAACUCGAAGGCCAGUUUCACACAAGUGUUGCAAUAAAUUGUUUAACUCAGGAAUCUCUUACUCAGGUGGCUGGAGAUCCAAGAUUUCAAGCAAUUCUUAAGACAAUACAAACUUAUGAUAAAUUAAUUGGAGCAGUUCUCUCAGAAAUUAUCUCAGCAUAUAAGGCUACCAUUAGUAAUAAUGAGCCUGCAGGUCCUCCAACAAUACCAAUAAGCAUAGGCAAUAUUGGGAAAUGCUUGGAGCUCAAACCUAAGCCAUCUGAAACAUCGGAAAAUACACCAGCAGCUUCAAGAAAGAAUUCUGAAGUCGCCCCUCCAGUAAGGCUAAAAACUGUCAGAACCAGUCCAACUUUGAUUCCAAGUCGCAAAAUUUUGAUGAAGAAUAGUGAUAAAACAGAUAGAGGCGAAAGAUCAGCAGCUACUCCAAACCGUCUCGAAAGAAAUAGAACAGAGGUCACAGUGCAGCGUAUAUCAACUACUCCAAAUCGACUUGAAAGAAAUAAAACAGAGAUUGCCGUUCAACGAUCGCAUGCACAAAUUACUCCAACUCGGCAAGUAAAAGCUUCAUCUAUAACAGCUAGAACUAAGAGAUCAGCUACUGUUACUGAAAGUCCUGAUUUUCUCAAAAAGCAGCCAACUACUCCUAUACUUGAAACUCCUGUGUCAAUUGAUUCGAAAGCCCUUCAAGGAGCUUUCACUGAUAGAAAUACAGUGACUCCAACUAAAGGAUCAAGGCAAGCUGUUUCUGGAACACCAGCUACAUCAAAAUCUGCAAAGAGUUCAAGUAUUAAUAUUCGCAGCGUCACUCCUACUAAAUCAUCAAUAAGUUUAAACAUUUAUCCAUCAUCCAAAACUCCUAUUAAGAAAGUUGAGAAAUACGAUGAUGUUAUGAAAAGGCUGUCCAAAAAAUAA